UGAGAAAGUGGCCCAGGGCCGAAGUACAAAUAAAGCCCACAUUUGGUAUUCUGGUAAUUAUCCAAAACGAGGAUUGUAAUCAAAAGAAAAUCCAAACCAGAAAUCAUCUCGGAUUCCUUACGAAGACGAAGACGAAGACGAAGAUAAAGAUGAAGCAAGGGCUUCUCUCAUGGAGUCCUUUCCCCCACUUUCUCUCUCUACCCAUCUCUCUCUCUCUUCCCUCCAAAACCCACUUCACCAAAACACCCACCAGACUCUUCGCUCCAAUUUCUGCAACUCUCGAGUCUGUAAACGAACAAAUCCUCACAGCUAGAGAGAGAAGACAGAUGAGGAAUGAGAAGAGAGAGAGCAAAUCCACCUACAAUUGGAGAGAGGAAGUGGAAGAGAGGCUCAUGAAGAAGCCCAAGAAGAGGAACGCUUCGUGGACCGAAGAGCUUAACCUUGACAACCUCGCUCUCUUGGGUCCUCAAUGGUGGGUUGUCAGAGUUUCCAGAGUUUCUGGUCAGGACCAUGCUGAACUACUCGCUCGAUCGCUUGCCCGAAACUUCCCUGACAUCGAUUUCAAGGUCUAUGUUCCAGCUGUUCAGGUGAAAAGGAAAUUAAAAAAUGGAUCAUACUCAAUUAAACCAAAACCUCUUUUUCCUGGGUGUGUGUUUUUGAGAUGUGUACUGAACAAGGAAAUACAUGACUUUAUACGUGAAUGUGCUGGGGUUGGAGGCUUUCUUGGAUCAAAGGUCGGAAAUACGUAAGCAUUUGCUCUCUUUUCGGUCA